AUGCACUCUGAAGAUUUAAAAAGAUCACUGGGUACUGAAGAUAAGAUAGCCACAGAUCAUGGUGAGGUUGGGCAGCAAGACAGGGAGAAAGAAGGAAGAGGAAAUACCCUCACAUUUAGAUUUGAAGUUGAGAAAAUUUACAGAUCUGAAAAGCUUUUCCUAUAUCUUGUGGUUCUUUGCUGUGCACAGGGACUGCGUAAACUGACAGCACCUGCAUUGGCACUGUUCCUUGCAGUGUCCUUCCUAUCCUUCUCCUGGAGUGCUCCUCAGGCUCAUUUCCAAAGGAGAAACUGGACUCCUCAGGCUAUGCUCUAUUUGAAGGGUGCACAGGGACGUCGAUUCAUCUCAGAUGAGAGUCAGAGAAAGGAUUUGUAUGGCAGAAUGCAGCUUGAAACACGCAGCCAAAAUACAAAUCCUUUAUCUCCUUCUGAAGCUGCAGCACUGCUCCUUAUUUCCUUACGGAGAGCCCAAGAAGUUGAAGAAGAAAACAGUGAUCACCCUGGCUACCUGAUGGAUAAUCUAUCAAACUGGUGAAAUAUUUCAAAUUUCUUUAACAUUUGUAUUCCAUGUACCCUGAACCCAUGAUCUGUGUAAAGAGUGUUUCAUCCCCACUUAAGUUCCAAAAAGUUGACGUAUAUAUUCAUUGCAACAUUUUGAAUUUCAAACUGAUUAAAACUUACCAGU